UAUAAAUUCUCUUAUACAAAAAUAUUAUAAUUAUAUUUAAUUCAAACUAUAUAUAAUAAUGGACGUAUCAAACUUAUGCCGCAGUUGUAUGAAGGAAGUCGCAUCUUGGGAGAGAGAUAAUUUUGACCCUACAGCGAUCGAAAUGUUCACUUUCUGUACUAAUAUUAAGGUUACAGAUGAAGACAAGCUGCCGAGACAAUUUUGUUACGACUGCAUUAUCAAAAUAGAAUCCUCAUGCACCUACAUAAUGGAAGCUCAAAAAGUUAAUGUCACAUUAAAAAAUGUUGUAUCUCGACCCACCAGUGUCAUUGUAAAACCAGAGAGUCACAAUAAGAAUAUUGUUAAUACUACCACAGACAAUACUGGUGAACUUGAGUUAUCCGACUACAAAUUGAAUACCAUUGACAAUUUUGAUGAACAGGCCUUCUUUGAUAACAUAGACAAUCAGGAAGAGAACUUUAGUAACUGUAAUAAAACAGAAGAAAAUGAUACUAAUAUAAAAACAAUUGAUAAUGAAAACAGUAUAAAUGUGAAAGAAAUAGAGAAUGUUGAGGAAGCUAAGAGAAAAGAAGUUGUAGAAGAUACUAAUGUAAAUACCAUAGAAAAUGAAAAGAGUAUGAAUGUGAAAGAAAUGGAGAAUGUAGGGGAAACUAAGAAAAAUGUGUGUCCAGUGUGCAGAAAGGAGUUUAUGUCCAAAGUAUGGUUUGCUAAGCACAUGGAGAAUGAGCACACAGGGAAUAAAUAUGCCUGUACUCAGUGCCCUAAAACGUUUACUAAACGAUCUCAGCUGUCGUACCACGAGACCACACAUUCAGAAGAGCGGCAGUUCGAAUGCGCAGUACCCACUUGCGGGAAACGGUUCAAGAGACGGAAGCAGCUAGUGGCGCAUGCGAGGGCCCACGCUGACGCACGACCGUAUAGUUGCGACAAGUGCAACAUGAGAUUCAAAAUUAAAAGCAUACUAAAGUGUCAUAUGAAAGUACAUGAGGAGCAGAAACAGUAUUUGUGUUGCUUCUGCGGUUGGAGUUUCACUCAGGCGGGUAACCUGAAAGUGCAUAUGCGGAAGCACACCGGCGAGAAGCCGUUCUCAUGCGGCGAGUGUGGUUUCCGCGCGGCCGCCGCAUCGAACCUGCGGCGCCACCAGCGACGACAUACUGGACAACCAUCGCACGUAUGCACCUACUGCGCUAAGGGAUUCUUCGAUGCUAGCUCUCUGGCUCGGCACGGGCGUACUCACACACACGAGCGGCCGUACUUGUGCCCGGGCUGCUCUCGCAGCUUCUCCGACAGCUGGAAGCGGAAGUCGCAUAUCCUGCGCGUGCACCGACUCUCCCUCAGAGACGUGCCGCGCCUGCGCCGCGAUGGACGUCCACUCUGAGUCUACUACGUCACGCUGUAUGCCGGAUAGAU